GACAAAAUACUCGAUAUUGGAUAAACACUUCCUUCUGACCAGUCUUUAUUUUAGUAACGCUAUCUAAAAGAAUUUUGUGAGAGCAUCUGGUCAGAAAUUCUUUCUCACUAACCUGUUGGAAACGAUUGGGAACUGUGUAAGUUAAAACAUUUAAAUGAGCAGAGAUUUCAACUAAGUGAAGGUCUGUUGCACAAGGGCUUACAGCCAAAAGCUCUCUUCCAUAGUCAGCACUGACAAAGUCACUUUUCAAAGUUCUCACGAGUCAAGUUGAAUAUAUGGAGCCUAGAAAUUGACUUGGGAAGUGAAAACAGAAGACCUGAAUUUGUGUCCGCUUGGCCACUCCAAUGUUACUUCUUUUGGCCGUUUUUAAGGUUACGCGGCAGUGUUUACAAAACGAAGAAUAGAAUCGCCUUAUUGACAGUUAACAGAAACAAGCAUGAGAUACGUUGUUGUGGCGUUGCAUUCAAUUAGAAAUAUUUGUAAAACGACCAAAAUUUCUCCUACUGCAGAGUAUUGUACUCAUAAUAAAACUACCGAAAUACGUUCGAACUCUUCAAAGAAUAAGAAGUUUCAAAUGAUUGUAAAUCUUCUGGCUGUCACCAAAACUUUUUUAGCAAAACAUUCUAUCCUUUCAACUUUAUUCUGAGCAAAGCACCAAACCAGACGAGUGUCCGGCAACAUAUACAAAUAUUGUUCCUUCGUAUAGAGACUUUUUUGUAAAUAAUUUUGAAGCCGUUUAAUAGUUUGUUUACGCAAGUUACGAAAAUGAACAGUCUACUUUUUUAAGUAGGCGAAAGCGAAUUCUGACAAAUUGAAUGACAUUUUGACGUAAGACAACCCUACACAAAAAUUCGAAAGAAUAGAAUUCCACUAUAGUUCGAUUUUCUAAUCAAUGUAUUCGUGAAAAUCAACAAGUUCAUCUGCGACCAGAACUCGUCCAUUCCACCAUUGGCUUCUUUUUGACGGUUAAUUAUUCAGGUGCACGGCUUAUCCGUACAAGGAAGACUUAUCUGAGUUCUUCGUGUGAAGAUAAAAUAAGCUGCAUCACUCAAAACAAUUUUAACUUCUUGACUGUGCAAACAACAGCAAUUAGAUGAAAUGCAUAAACGCCAACGUUGCUCCAGUUGGAGCUUUUCACCACUUCGCCUCUCCACCUCGGGACCCCAGGUGAAUAUUAGUAUUACAGCUGUUAAGCUAUUUAACCAAUGGCUGCUAACUUUCAAGCUUCGCUGUUUAAAAGUUCUAGAUGUUUCGACAAGUUGUGCUAAAUUCUUUCAGUGAGCUUCAAUCGCACCAACUAGACUGACACGCCAACUGCACGAA